AUGACUACAAUCAGUGGAAGAAUUCAAGUGGAAGAAGCAAAUUUGAAAAUGAAAGAACUUCACCAAAGACAGGUGAUUGAGAGACAACUCGAAAGGACAGAGACCGAUUACAAAAAACGUUUAGGAGAAAUGGAAGAAGGGAAAAGAUCUGAGAAAGCAGAACUUCAAAGAAGAUUAGAGAUGUUGAAAGCAGAAACAGAACUGGAAAGAGCAGUGACACUUCUGAGGUUUGAGGAAGAUUUUGGUGAUAUCUUUGACGCAGCUGGGAGUGUGAAAGAGAAGCCGAUCAGCGAGAUAAGUUCUGAUAUGUUACCACUUAGAGAUUACCUAACCCCAACAGUUCACAGUCCAUGUCGACCGAGGGCAGAAAGCGAGUCUAAAAUCCCU